UGUGAUUUUGUCUGGGGGCUUGAAAUGGAGGGGCAUGUUGAGCUGUUUCCUGGUGGUUUUAUGAGAGAUUUACGCCUCUGUGACCACUACUUUGUAUCAUAAGUACGGUAUUCCAUAGGAGGGCAUUGUUGAACUAUUCCAAUCAUGUCUAAUGGAAAUGAUUCUAUAAUACAUUCCCUGGCUUAUACUGGAUGUUUCAAGACAUUCAACACUACUUCAUGUGUGAGGGACACCAGUUUAACAAUAUUGGCCAUCAUCACUUGUAUUGUCUGUGUUGUGAAGCUUCAUAAGCUCCACUCUCAUCGCCACUCCCUGCCAAAUCAGUAUAUUGUAUUCUACAGUGGGAUUGUGGAAUGCUUUCUUUGUGGCUUUAACUGGUUGUACUUGGCUGUUACUGCUGUACAGUUACUGACACAGUUCAUCAAAGUUGCUUGUCAGUUUCUUGUGGUUGUAAACUUUCAUUGCCAUCUAGCAGCUAGGAUGAUAAGAGUUGAAGAUAGAUUUAAGAGGUACUCUAACAAGAUUGUCGCAGCUGUGUUUAUUGCCCUGGCUAUCAUUGCUAUUGUUGGACUGGCAACAAUGAAAAAUGAAUACAGAGAAUGUGCAGAACCUGAAUGGUUGCUUUUGUCAAGUGCUGAAAUGUUUGUUGUCCAAGUUUUCCUGGCAUCAGGAAUUUUAAUUACAAGGGAGCUCAAUAAUGUGAGUAUGUUGGAAGAUAACAGGACUGCACAGAAAAGGGAUUUAUGGGGGAUAAUCUUCAUUUUUGAAUUAUCAGCAUUGGUCAGCCUUGUUCAUGACAUCGUCAUGAGAAUCACUGGACCAAAGAAUGACUGUCAAGGAGUAUUGCUAUCAAGUAAAGCAGGCUACACAGCCAUGUACAUCACUGUUAAUAUUAUCAGGUGGCUCCUACCCAUAUGGGCAAUGGCAGCAAUAUUUGACACUGAAAAUAAUGAAUGCAGCCAAGAUGACUAUAUUGCUCCAGUUUUUGCAGUGAAUGACAACUCUGGGAACUUCACUUCUGAAUUCCGCCCUAGAGGAAGUAGUUUCCACUACAAACAUUUACAUGACGACAUUAAUGUUGCCGGCCGACCCUUACUUCCAAGUCUUGGCCCUCGCUCUAAGUCUUUGUCAAGUAUGGGUUCAUCUUAUGGAUCAACAGCAGGGAAUCAAAAACCCUGGGGUAAACGCUCAUCAGAUAGGUAUCCUCCUAUCUCAUAACAAUUAUUUGAUGGAGCACAGUGUUCUGGAGUGGUGCAGAUUCCUUGAUUCCAAAGGUUUUCAAGGUAGUUUUGAGUAGUCAAAAUAAGAUCCAGUUUUUAUGAUAACAACACAACUGAUGAUUAUAUGACAACAACAUAAAAACACAUCAUGAUGUUGUGUAGUUGAGUAUUAACAGCACAUAGCAUCAUUAGAGAUGAGGAUUCUGUAAAUAUAUCAGCAACUUUUGUUUACAUAUGGAAACAAUUUUACCAUAUAACUAUAUAUCAGUGUUUUCAGGUGUUGUUUUAUUUUGUAUGCUAAUUUGUAAAUUUCUGUCAUGUGAAGUUUAAAUUUUACUAUCAUAUUUACAAAUUCUUCAUGCAAAAAAUUUUCAUUUUCAAUAUGCUCAAGAAGUAUACUGUAUGACUGAGUUAUUUUUGAUAACGAUAAGCAUUUAUAUGCUAUUAUCAGAUAAGAGUGACCAUACAUUUUGGAGUAUUACUAUAUAAGGUCUACUAAUUUCUGCAGUGAGUACCUUCACUUAAAUUUGAAUUAAAUACUUGUAUAGGUACUUUUAUAACCAAAAUAAUGUAACUUUAAUGGUUGCCAUGGCUGCUUAAGAUGUAAUUUUAAAAUGGAUAUUUUUAAUAAUAAUAUAAACCACUUGUUGCAUGAAUUAGCAGAGUUCAUGUAGAUAAAGGAACAUUUUAUUUAAAAAACAAACAAACAAACAAACAAACAAAUGAAAAAAUACUUCAUUUAGUGAUUUGGUCCUGCAACAGGGGAAAUUUAAUUGCUAUGGGUGAGAUAGAAUUUAAUUUAUGCUAACCUGUCUUAAUUAGAGGUUGAUAUUUAUAGAUGUUGAUGCAAAUGUCAGAAGUUAAGUAGAUGUGCCAGGCAGCUAACAUACUAAUACAUUGUGGCGUCUGAGUAAGAAAAGUUCAAAAUUACUUAAGGUCAAGGUUGGAAUUAUUUCCUCACCUAAGUGAUAAUUAACCUUGAUGCCAUCUAGCAUCAAAGUAUAUAAGUUCUUGAAACUUAUCAUUAGAGGUUACAAAGCAUGGAAGAGCAGAUGUUUUUCUUUUUGAGCAGGUCAAGUUAUUAGAUUACAAGUUAUUAGAACUAGCUGUUAUAAUAAUUACAAUUAAGUUAUGUUUUAAUGUUAUUGUUCAUUUACCAUGCACUUGUCCUCCUGCAGUGAACUUCUUGAGGAGACCUGAUGUCGUCUACGUUUUAGAGAGCUUAGUGCUCUGGAUAUAAUUGGAUUGAUAGGGAAGGUUUUAUAAGCCUUAUCCUACGACAUUCAUGUUGGGCAUCAGCACAUUAUAACUAUCCUUUUUCAUAAAUAUUUGUUUUCUUAGUGAUAAGCCUUUUGGCUAUUUUAUCAAUAACACUCGAUGAAAAAAGUAUAAUUUGUUUUCCUCCCUCUUCAAACUGGAAGUUAAGUAUAAUGGGCUCUAGUUAAGUUUUAAUAAGGGUUUGAUGGAUUGUAAAUAUUAUUUCAGGUAUUUAUUAGUUCAUGUAGCAUAUUAGUGCUCAUCACAAGUAGUAUUUAUAAAUGCACAGGUGUGAAUGAAAUAAAAGUCUAAUGGUGUGGUGAAAACCAA